CUCAGACAGCCUUGGGCCCCUGGCCAGUCCCCACCUGGCACUUGUCUGUGUCACUUUCAGGAUUUGUCUGACUCUGCGCUCCCUCGCAGGGGUGUGUUGGGGGGAGUCCUCUUGCGACUCUCAAAAUGGUUAUCAAAGUGUUUGUUGCUACAUCAUCUGGGUCCAUAGCGAUUAGGAAGAAACAGCAAGAAGUAGUGGGCUUUUUGGAAGCUAAUAAAAUCGAUUUUAAGGAGUUUGAUAUUGCUGGAGAUGAAGACAAUCGGAGGUGGAUGAGAGAGAACGUUCCUGGAGAGAAGAAACCUCAAAAUGGGAUUCCUCUGCCCCCACAGAUAUUCAACGAAGAGCAGUACUGUGGGGAUUUUGACUCUUUCUUCUCUGCAAAAGAAGAGAAUAUUAUUUAUUCCUUCCUUGGCUUGCCUCCCCCUCCAGGCUCAAAGGUGACAAAAUUGCCCGAGGAAGCAUCUUCCCUUCCCAAUGGUGAUGUAACAGGAGAAGCACAGAGCACCACAGAGGGAACAGAGAAGGCUGAAGAAAGUGGACAACACGAGGCACAAAAAGAGGGCAGUGAAGAUGCGGGCGACCUCACCGGAUCCCCAAAGAAUGAAGAAGAGGGAGAGACAGCAACAGAAGAGAUGGAAGAAAUAACCGCGGAGGGUGCAGAAGGGGAAGCAGAGGAAGAGGAAGCUGAGAAAGGAGAAGAGGAGGGGCCAGGAGAAGAAGAAGAAGGAGAAGAGGAAGAAGAUUCUUAGGCCUUUUCAUGCUUUAUUCUUCCACUUGUCCAGGAAACCCAAGCCAUGAAGCACCAUUUCAACUCUCUUCCCACAAACCAAAUUCAACAAAAUGCUUUGGCCCAAAGCUAGCACACGUCUGUCAGUACAUCCAGGGUUCACCGAGGAAUUGUAUGAUCCGACACGGUUAGAUCUCCAUGCAUAUACCUGCUUAAUCAUAUCAACAUGAAAUCAAAUGUGAAGACAACACAUGCAUACCUUCAUGGGCCUGACAUUUGUGGCCUUUGCUUAAUUUUUUUUUUUUUUUGGCUCUGCAUGAAUAGACCUUCUAAUACCCUGAAAAAAAUUUCAAAAUAUAGAACUUCUCUUUGUGAUAUGACAAAAGUAUUUCUUUGUAUGUGC